ACUCCCCAUAAAAUGUCGAUGUGAUUGAUGUACUCGCAAGCAUCAUGAACCGAAGGACUCCAUUGCUCUUGUGAAUCGGUAUAAAUGUAUUCAAAUUGGUGCAAUCGCUGGCGGCUCGCGUCUCAUACAAGCUCCUUUCACUCGCCUACAUUACUCGCGUUUGGAUCCCGACAACGAGUAACUCUCCUGUCGUCACGAUAUGCCCAGUGUCUGAAUAGAGGUCUCAAGUCGUCCAAGAAGGAUGUCAAGCGUACGCCGGUCCCUAGAAGACGGGAGACAGCUGUUUCGAGGACACCGCCCGUGAAGGAGCCCAAAGGAGAGUAUGGGCCGAGUAUUAUCGUUUAUAAUCAAGGCAUAUUCAAAAUCGUGCUUAUUGGGUGCAUCAAAGUCGCCGCCUUAGCAAACUUUGUAUACGGUUGCUUCUACAGCGCUCCACGAUGCCUAGAACAGUCGGAGGAUCGGUACGAGAAAGCCGUGGCAGCAAUGCUUCUUGGAAUCUUUCCGUUCCUAUUCCUCGCGAAGGCCAGUAGUCCUUGGGUCGCGCAAAUUCGGCUUCAGUUACCGCUCGCGGCUCGACAAAACAAACGGGCGCUCGAUCGGUUCUUGACCCGGAUACCAGCAGACACGACCCUCGAUAUCGUCACCCUUCGGAUUAGUGGACUGCGCAGAACCAAUGCCGUACGCUUAUCCGAUUUGAGGAUGACCAAACCUCAACGCUUGUCGAUGGGCAACAUGGAGAUCAUUCCGGCGGCUCGGCCGAAACCUCAAGGCAUCGUUCAGACCGCGCUUCACUUGGCCCACGAACCGAGGAACCGUUUCCAGGUCGAGAAUGAAACUUGGUUACGACAGCGCAGCGAACACCGUGAAGCGUGGACACACGUUCUCAAAACCAUCACAGGCAACAGCACAGCGGCUCUCAGGACAUCGGGAUGAGUCCGCGUGGAUGCUGAAAAUAGAUCAAACAAGUCGUAUAAUAUUGUAACGAAGACGUCAAUUGUGCUGGAACAUAAAGCAUUGUCCAAGAGGUUCAUUACGCUUUGUUCGUUCUUUGUGUCGUGGGACCAAAAUCGCCAACAAUGUCUUUGUAUGCGAGACUUCUCGUCACCAUAUAAGAGAGACUCAUGGCUCGAUCAGUUUGGAAAGGGGUGCAUCCAAACGUGCAAUCAUGUCGCCGAUUCAA